UCCUGGGACCACAGCCCAGAUGCAGGGUGGCUGGAGGGAAGUGAAAGGCGAACUCAGUCUGGGCCUGGCUGGGCGAGACCCUCCGUCUCCCACUCUCCUGGACCCCUGACGGCCAUGGCCGUGGCCCAGCAGCUGCGGGCUGAGAGCGACUUCGAGCAGCUUCCCGACGACGUGGCCAUCUCAGCCAACAUCGCUGACAUCGAGGAGAAGAGGGGCUUCACCAGCCACUUUGUUUUCGUCAUCGAGGUGAAGACGAAAGGGGGAUCCAAGUACCUCAUCUACCGCCGCUACCGCCAGUUCCACACCUUGCAGAGCAAGCUGGAGGAGCGGUACGGGCCCGAGAGCAAGACCAGCCCCCUCAGCUGCAACCUGCCCGCCCUCCCAG